AUGCCAUUAUUUAUUGCGGGUGAAGACCCCGAUUAUAUUUUACAGAAUUUUAUGGAAGAAGGAGUGACAGUGGAUGAAGGCAAAGAGCUCGUGAGUGAAGUGAUAAGCGUAAAUGUGGGUACGGAAGCGGAAGCAUGCGGUUGUAUGGAUGAGAUAUCGCGGAGGAAUGUGAGAACGUUGUUGAGCGGAAGCAAAGGUGAUUCUUCAUUUGAUGAUGCCAAGAAGGACAUUAUCUUGAGUGACUUGGAAAAGGAUGAAAGUGUCUUUCCUGUCUUUGAUGUGUCUCUUCCCUCAUUCCCGUCAACCAUUCCUGUUAUAGACGAGUCGACAUCCAUGCGAGCAACAAGUGGGAGUUCGAGCAGAUAUAUGGAAACUCAGGAUGGAAGUAUUGCUGAAGGCUUGCUGAAUUCUCACUUUGGUCAAACAGAUCAAGUUAAUGAUAGAGCGACUUCAAGAGACCGGCUUGACGAUACUACCUAUGGCCAGCAACCCGAGAUAGGAUAUGCGGGAAAACAAGAAUUUGUUCAAGAUUAUAUUCAAAAUCCUAGCGAUGGAACUCUAUUUGAAACAGAAACAUUUUCUAGAAAAUCCAGUGCUGGCACAGUGUCCGAAACGAAACUGACUGAACGGGAAAAUGUGUUCCCCGGAGGAACUGGAACGAUGCGUGAAGAACUAAGAGACUUUCAAGCAUCUGACUUCGUCCUUCCGAAGAAGUCGACGGUUGAAGAUGAGAACUACCUGGCUACUACUCGCGCAGAGCCCACUGUCAAGAAAGAAAACCCUACUGAAGAAAAUGCGGAAGUUGAAGUAGACGCAUCAAACCAAGCGGACAACUUCAUGCAUCUCACAGCAGAAGAACUGGCUCAUAUAGCUCAUAUGUUGAAAGUAGCAGAAGAGACCUCUUUUGGAACGCCGGCUUUGAGAAUGCCUUUUACAUCCAGUCGUAGCGAAGUUGUCAGAAUCACUCGGUUUGGUGCAGGUAGCAUAUUGCAAGGCAGCGCAAGGAUCUCAGAAGAACAUGAAGAAGGUAUGAAUGAAAUAUCCAAUCCCGUACAAAAACAGUCCUUUGAUCGCUCUAGUGAAGAUGACAUCCACAAUACUGAUACAAUUUUACCAAGCAAAAUCGUUGAUUUUGAGUCUGACUUUGUGAGAGGAGAUAAGGCUACAACAAAUGCUGAAGAUGCGACCGGUCAACUAACCCAAGAUGCCUUGGAAAAUACUGCAUACGUCCCUGGUAUUUUAGAAAUGCCCUUGGAAUCAUGCGUCGAUACAUCAAAAACACAAACUGAGGAUGUUAUUGCUUCAGUGUUAGGAACUGAAACAUCCAAUCUACACUACAUGUCCGAGGAAAUUGAGAAGGACAAGGAAUAUCGAGACAUGUCCAAAUAUCAGCGAAUUCUACCGGGAAGUCCACCGUCCGAAGUGAAAGCAAAGCAAGUGGAAGCGGAUGCGCAAGAUGUCACCAUAGAAUUUGAAGCAAAAGGUCCAAGUUCGGAAACAGCUUCCCCUGAACAUUACAGCGACGAUGAAAUUUCGGAACCUACAUCUGGAGCUGACAAGCCAUCAUCCAGCAACUCUUCUCUGGAGGAUAGCAAUUAUGUUUAUGCCGCGGAAAACGUUGUUAUAGAAGACAGUCCAGUAUAUGAUAGCGAAGAUCACGUUGAGCAUGAAAAACGAGAACAAACAACUGAAAAUGACAUUUUUACUCAGGAGGAGCUCGAUCACAUCGCCUACAUUCAGAAAUUGGCGGAACAGUCCUUCUCUAAUGUAGCAUUACAAAAGCCUUUUGCGAUAGAUCAAAGCGAAGAUGAAGGCGAUUUGAAGCCGUCUACAGAUCCCAUCACUCUCACUCAGGAGGAGCUAGAUCAUAUCGCUUACAUAAAGAAGAUGGCAGAGCAAAAACAAACAGUUCUGCUACCCUCCGUAUCCAUCAUAACCGAGAAGGAAGCUGCGGAAGCUCAACCUCAACCAGAGAGUGCUGUUUUCCCGGGAGAGGGAGAGGAACCAUCCGCUAAUGUUACUGUGCAGCUCACACAAGAGGAACUUGAUCACAUAGCUUACAUACAAAGGAUGGCAGAACAAGAACAACUGCCAGUUUUGCAAAAGCCUUCUGUGUCCACUACAGCUUUAAAAGAAACCGCGACAAGCGUUUCACCUGCAUUGGAACCACCUGCCUACGCACCUGUGGAACUCACACAAGAAGAGCUAGAUCACAUCGCUUACAUACAAAGAAUGGCAGAGCAAGAGCAGUCAUCACUUUCCAACAAAUCCAUGCCCACCAUCGUUGGGGAAAAGGCUACGGUAAUCGUUUCAGAGCCAGACAUACCAGCCGCGACACCUGUAACGGAAACACCCAAGGGCGCGCCUCCGCCACUUACACAAGAAGAACUUGAUCACAUCGCUUACAUACAAAGGAUGGCAGAACAAGAACAACUGUCAGUUCCACAAAAGCCUUUUGUGUCCACUACAGCUGUAGAAGAAAUUGCGACAAGCGUGCCACGUGCACCGGAGCCCCCUGUCUACGAGCCUGUGGAACUUACACAAGAAGAGCUAGAUCACAUCGCUUACAUACAGAGAAUGGUAGAGCAAGAACAAAUGCCAGUUUUGUGGAAGCCUGUGCCCAUCACAGCUGAGGAAGAAGCAGCGGUAGCCUACACAGACAAUUCACCCGCUGUACCUAGGAUGGCAGAGCAAGAACAACUGUCAGUUCUCCAAAAACCUGUCUCCACCAAAGAAGAAAAAGAAACCUCGGUAAUCUUCACUCAUCCAGACAUACCAGCCGCUGUGCCUGUAAUGGGAGCACCCACGGACACAUCUGUGCAGCUUACGCAGGAAGAACUUGAUCAUAUCGCUUAUAUACAGAGGACGUCAGAGCAGGAACAGAUCUCAACGCAGCAGCCUUCUGUUUCGUUUGGUACUGAAGCUGCAAAGCACGCAGACCUUCCAAGUACCACUGUUGCAAUUCAACCACCGCAGGAAACACUCACACAGGAAGAGAUCGAUCAUAUCGCUUACAUACAGAGGAUGGCAGAACAAGAACUAAUGUCGGCGCAGAAACCGUCUGCUAAGAAUGAAGCUGCGGAAGCUCGCAGUAUUGCAACCACUGCGCCUGUAGCGGAAUCACGCGCGGGCGCACCUGUGCAGCUUACUCAAGAAGAGCUAGAUCACAUCGCUUAUAUACAGAGAAUGGCAGAGCAGGAGCAGAUGUCAGCCUUGCAAGAACCUUCUGUAACAGUAAGUCCUCGAGAAGAAGCUGCAGAAGCUUAUCCAGAGCUGUCAAGCACUGCUCUUGUGGCGAAAGGGCCUAUCGAGGAACCUGUGCAGCUUACACAGGAAGAGCUAGAUCAUAUUGCUUUUAUACAGAAACUUGCGGAGGAAUCAUUCAGUAUGCCGACUCCAGAAGAUUUCACGGUGAACGAUGAGCAUAGAUCUGAACGUACUAUCACAAUAGAAAAAACUUUUGAGAGACUUCCUGCAAUGGAGUCUAGCUUGCAGGUUUGGAAAGAUCGAGGACAUGUCCCAGAGGUCCGACAAACAGCGGUUGCUGUAAUCAAAAUAGAUGGUACAGUGAGCAAACAGCCAACAUCUUCCAUAGUGGAGAUAGUAGACGAUCAUGUCGGGCUUGUCGAAGCCAUGCGUUCAGCACUUGAAAUGAGAGCUUUUGACAGAGGUGAAAGGCUUUCUGAUGAGGGCUCCGGCCUAACCUCCGAGGCCGACCAGGCCUCACCCUCUGUACAUUCCUCUUUCGAUGAGACCAAUACAUCUUAUGGCAUCACAACAAUGGGAGAGGUUGAAGACGAAGAGCCUCAUUCCGCACUUGAUUACUUCUAUGAUACCACCGUCGUUCACUCGGUGGACGAUGUUCAACUCAACCGAGAAGAACUAGAACAUACCGCAUAUGCACAACGAUUGGCAGAGCAAGGUUUACUUGAAACGAAGGCACAAAUUCCCUCCGAGAUGGAUUAUGAUGAGAGCACAACUUAUCCAAAAACACAUACAGAAGAGGUCGAAGCGCAAGAAAAACUCGGUCGCAUUGCACAAAAACUUGUGGAAGAAAUCUCGUUGGUCUCGGCCGUAGAAGCAUCAAUGACAGGACUAGGAGGCUUACCACCGAAAAUGCAAGAGAAGUUAGAACCCAGUGCACAUACAGAAUUUUCGGAAGAGCUUGAACAUCUCGAAUUUCAUGCUUCACCAAAAUCUCCCCUAGGUGAGGAAGAGAUAGACCAUCCUACACAAGAGCAGCUGGAUUACUCCAACCAUGCCGAUGAUGGAGAGCACAAGCCUUCGCUGGAAAUCCAGCCAGUUCGAGAGGUCUUCGCAGCAGAUUAUAAAGAGGUCUCUAUAGAUCCAAAUGCACAAUCAAUUAUCAGUGAUGGAAAAUGGAAGCAGUUUUUCCAGCGUGAAGCCAUCGCUGACAUUGCUCCAGACGCAGAGCCCUACUCAUUCUUGAGAAGCACGGCUUAUGAUGUCAAGAUUGGAUCAGUUUUAUCUGAGGAUCAUACGCUCGAAGAAGAACUCGCUGUGCAUGCUAGCCAGUCGCUGCCUUCGUCAGACAUUUAUGCGGAAGAUAAAAACCAACAGUACUCGGAGCAUGUUGAAGAUGUCCCAAGAGCUACUUUUUAUGAGGAACCUGGCGAUGUUACAGACUUAGGAGCUGAGGACCCACCCAAAUCUUCUCUAGAGCAGGAUAUUGUGCACAGUAUUGCUCUCCCAACCAAGGAGGAGGAUGUAAAAGAUGUCGAACAACUCGCAGAAGAUCAUGACGAUGCUGCCAUGAGCGAAGGUGGAGGAUUUGCCGCAGAAAAGCGUGAUGAUGUGACGGACGAGCACGCGAUAACGCUAUACGAAGAAUCUGCGAAGGAACAAGCUGAUGAUCCCAGACAGGAUCUUCAUGUAUGGGAGCAGGUAGAUGAUGAAAGGGAAGUGCAAUCACCACUAUCCUCCCAUGCUGAGCAAUUACCAGAAAUGUCAGAUAUUCUUGCAAGACAGCCGGCGUCAGACGUAGCCGCACCAGGUGAACUCACACAAGAGGAACUAGAUCACAUAGCAUAUAUUCAGAAGUUGGCUGAAGAAUCCUUUGGUUUGGAACCAGAGGUAGUCGUGCUAAGCCAAGCAAAAGAGCAAGGUGGCUCUAAUAUUUCCGGAGUUGAGGGACCUGCAGUCGGACAAGAGGAAUUGCAAGAACUAGAUGCAAGACAAGUUGAGGUUGACGAAAAAUAUUCCGAUGAAAUUUCUGAGCCAACUUCGGGUGCUGACAAGUCACCGCCUUCUUAUGGUUCUUCACUAGAGAAGGAUGAUUACGCUGCUGACGUUGCUGAGAAGGGCGAAGCGGAGCAACACCUGCCCUUCGUCAAGGACCAAACCGAGGAUAGAAUUUUGAGUACGUCGCCACCAAGGACUGAUCGAUUUACUCAAGAAGAACUGGAUCACAUCGCAUACAUACAGAGACUGGCAGAACAAUCCUCAUUCGAGGCACCAAUGCAAAAGCCUCCGGUAGAACGCAGUGAGGAUAGGACAGAUGUGUUUGGUGCAAAUAAGCAAUCAGACUCGCUAACACAAGAAGAACUGGAUCACAUUGCAUACAUAGCAAAACUUGCGGAGCAAGAUCAGCUCUCGCUAUUUCCACGGACUUCUACAGCUGAAAGCGCAGAAGAUAAAACUGCAGAAAUUGCUGAAGAAAUCACUGAAAGCAAAACUCUAGUGGAACAUCCUGCAGAAGCACUGACAGAGCCCGAGCUCACCCAGGAAGAAAUGGAUCACAUUGCAUACAUACAAAAGCUUGCAGAACAAUCGUCAUUCGAGACUAAGGAGACACAAAAACCUCAACCCGAUCGAGCGAAUACCUUGGAUUUGAGCAGACCAGAAGAGCAACCUGCUGAGCUAACACAAGAAGAACUAGAUCAUAUAGCAUACAUACAGAAGCUGGCCGAAGAAUCCCUUGCUAUGGGUCCGUCCAAAGAUGUAACUAUGAUUAGUGAAAUUGAAAAUCAAGAACUCGCAAGUACAAUGGAAGAAGCCAUAACAUCGUUGGAAGCGUUGCGGAAGACUAAUGCAGUAGAAGGUGAUGACCUCAUCGCUGCUGUUCCACAACCAUCACAGACGAACAUUCCGGAAGACCGCGAAGAACCUGUCUCUGACGAAGAAUCGGAGGCUACUUCGGGAGCUGAUCACUCGCCAACUUCGUAUAAUACUUCCUUAGAGAACGAUGACUAUAGAGCCGCCAUUAUGGAGGAUGAUAAGGACGAAAAACAGCUGCAUCUCAUACAAGAUCAAACGAGAGAUCGGACUCCGACAGCGUCAGCAGAGAAUCAGCUUACCCAAGAAGAACUAGAUCAUAUUGCCUACAUACAAAAGUUAGCCGAACAAUCCACUUUUGAGGCUAAGAUGACACCGCGGUCUCGUUUUGAAAGCGAAGAAGAUAAGACGCAUAUGGAUAUACCAGCAGAACAGCCUAUUACGCUGACACAAGAAGAAUUGGAUCACAUUGCAUAUAUCCAGAAGUUGGCUGAGGAAUCCUUUACCGUGGAGCCAUCAAGUGCAAUCGUAUCCACCCAAGCAGAGAAGCAAGAACUCACAUAUGGCAUGGAUGAUGGAGCUUUAGUUGAGUCGGAAGAAUCGCAGAGAACAGGUGCGCGAGAAGACCGCGACAUCGUAGCUGAUACUCAUAUGCCGAAGGACUCAUCGCAAGAUUACGAAGAACCAUUCGCGGAAGAAAAGUCGGAGUCAACUUCGGGUGCUGACCAAUCACCGCCCUCUUACGGUUCUUCGCAAGAGAAGGAUGACUACGAUACCACUAACUGGCCAAAGUUCGGUAUUGAAGAACGCCUGCAUUCCGUGCAAGAACUUGCUGAGGAUAAUUAUGCAGCAAUAUCACUAUCAAAGCUAGACCAGCUUACUGAAGAAGAAGAUCGCAGUGCGAACGCACAAGAGUUUCCACUAGAACCAUCCGAGGCUGAGGUUAUAGCAGUCCUGGUGGGUCCGAAGGAGCAUUCUUCUGAGUUGACGCAAGAAGAACUAGAUCACAUCGCAUGCAUACAGAAGAUGGCUGAAGAGUCCUUUGCCUUGGAACAACCAAGAGCAGAAAUCACCCUGACUGAUGCAGAAGAGCAAGUUCAUAUGACGCAAGUGGAUUCCACAAAUGAGGUUUCAGCCUUUUCCACUGUGCAGAAUUUGAGAGCAGAGGAAGACGGGAUUACUGUCACUGUAACUGCACCUACUCCACGUCUAUCAGCCAAUCCAUCACAAGAAAUUGAAGAGUCUUUUGAUGAAGAAAAAUCAGAAUCAACUUCGGGAGCGGAUCAGUCACCACCCUCUUAUGGUACAUCGCUAGAGAAAGAAGAAUACGAAGGCACAGUCAUUGGGCCAUUUGAUGAAGAACACGAACACGUUCCAGAUGAUCGCGCUGACGAUGAGACCAUCAAAAGCUCACCACCACAGGAGGAUCAGCUUACGCAAGAAGAGCUGGACCACAUUGCUUUCAUACAAAAGAUGGCAGAACAAUCGUCAUUUGAGAUUAGCACAAUGCCAAAGCCUCCACUAGAUCGCCCUGAGGAUAGGACAGAUGUCAACAGACCAAUUGAGCAACCUAUUACGUUAACGCAAGAAGAAUUGGAUCACAUCGCGUACAUACAGAAGCUUGCUGAGGAAUCGUUUGCGGUGGAACCACCAAAGGCAACAGAUACGCUUAGCCAUACAGAAGAGCAAAAUAGCACGACGCAGGUGCAACCUAUGGAAGAGAUUUCGACCGCAUCAAACUUAAUGCAGAAAUUUGAUGCAGGAAAAGACAAGAACGUCGAGAGCGCUACUUCAUUACCAGCAGACUUCCCAGAACUUGAAAAAUCGUUUGAUGAUGAAGUAUCUGAGCCAACUUCGGGAGCAGAUCAGUCACCGCCGUCUUAUGGAACAUUGUCAGAGAAAGACGAUUACGUUGUCACUGGUAAGAAAGCUGAUGAAGAAUAUGCACCUUUGUUAGAAGGCCAAGCAGAGGACAGAUUCACGAGUAGAUCACCACCAAAGACUACUCAGCUCACUCAAGAAGAGCUGGAUCAUAUCGCCUACAUACAAAAACUAGCAGAACAAUCUUCAUUUGGGACUGUGCCAAUGCAAAAGCCUCCACUAGGUCGAAGCGAGGAUAGAAUGGAUAUAACCGCUCCAAUUGAGCAACCUCCAACGCUAACGCAAGAAGAAUUAGAUCACAUUGCGUAUAUACAGAGACUCGCAGAACAAGAUCAGACCUCGCUAUUGCAAGGGUCUUCCAUGACUGAAAGCACCGAGGAUAAAACAGCAAAAAAUGUCGAAGAAACUGGAAGCAAAAGCGCAGUGGGUUCUGCAGAAGCAAAAACAUUAACACAGCCUGAGCUUACGCAGGAAGAAUUGGAUCACAUAGCGUAUAUUCAAAGCUUGGCAGAAAAUUCGCUAUCGGGAUAUCCUACGAUGCAAAAAUCUCCUUUUCUUACUCAUACAGAAACAGCUUCUGCUGAACAGCCGACAGAGGCUGAGAGUGUGCAGCUUACACAGGAAGAGCUGGACCAUAUAGCAUAUAUACAGAAAGCGGCAGAAGAAUCCCAGAUGGAAUUGAGACCAGAAGUGGAAGACGUAGCUGAAGUCAGUGCGACUACGGAAACAGGACCCGCCAUUACAGAACUCGAAGAGACACUCCAUCACGAACUCAGCGCAGAUGAAGAUUCUGGAGAAACUUCUGUAGCUGACGAUCAAUCGACAUCCAUAGAAUCCUCACCUGAACAACUCGCACCGGGACUCAGCGAAGAGGAAGACCUGGGCUAUACUGAAGAGCAACCCAGUAUAAUCCUCAGUAGCGGAGAUAUCACAGAAAGAUCAGCCGAAAUGCAACAAAGUGUGGAGAGAGAUGUUGCCUUAUCUUCUCCAUUUCUAAUGGAUAGAAACAUAGAAAAAGAAAGAAUGGAACAACCUCAAACAUUAGCUUCUGAUUUCGGAGCUACUACUUCAGCUAUCCCAGAUACUGUACAAGCAUUUAGCGCAGAUGCGGCACCCAUGCAAUCGUCUAUUUUGGAGCCUUCAACCACGAGAUUAGCAUACCAGGAAGAUAAAAUCACUUUUAUCGAAAAAUCGGAGAAAGACUCAAUGUCGGAAAUGCUGGCCACGCGCGAACACCCGACCUUGGAUGACAGUCGAACUAUUUUCGCUAUAUCCACGGAAGAGCUGGUUGACAACGAAAGGUCGAUCUCCACCCCUGGAGCCGAUGAGGCAUCUCCUAAUGAGUCAUCUCAUGGGGGCAUUAUGAUAGAAGAAAAACUAGAAGAAGUCACAGACGCACAGGAACCUGCAGAUGAAACGCAAAGAAGUGACCAGCUAAUUCAGACCCGCACAGAGUCAACAGCAAAAUUGCAGCCUACAGAAGGAGCCAGAGAGGUCACGUCAUCUAAAUUAAGUGAUUUCCCCGAAAAAGAAGAAAGCCCUUACGAUGAGUCAGAAUCUACAUCUGGAGCAGAUCAAAUGACGCCGUCAGAUAUUGCUUCUCCAGUAGAAGAUUAUCCAUCGCGAUAUGGCGAAAUGACUUUACUGUCAAGACACAGCAGUGAGAAGGAAGGCGAGAUUUUGUCUGUAGAUCGCUCUGCGCUAGAUGUUGCCGAUGUACCAGCCCAAGAUGCGGAAACCGAGCUCGCAUCGCCAAAGCAUAAAGAACAACGUCUACCUAUUACGACUUCGCUAACGAACUUAUGGGAACCGGAAUCUUCUGAGAAUGAAACUCCCAUGCAAUCUACUCUGGACGCAGCUACUAAUCAGCUCACCCAAGAGGAACUGGAUCACAUUGCAUAUAUACAAAAAUUAGCAGAUGAAGCAUACCAGACAAAACAUCAGCCUAGUUCGCAAGAUAUCGCGGCUACUGCUGAUGUUAAGUCACCAACAAAAGUUUCCAGCGAAGCUCCUAGCGCUGAAGAACAGAUUCAGGAAGAGAAUGGCGAUCAGGAAGAAUCAGAGGCUACUUCAGGAGCUGAUCAACCUUCACUUUCUGAUGUUUCGUCGCUAGAGGAGGAUGAGAUCCCAGUUAAACAUUCCAGAGAUGAGGUAGCAAGAACUCGAGAAGAUAAUCAGCUUACCCAAGAAGAGCUCGACCACAUUACAUACAUACAGAAAUUAGCGGAACAGAUGUCAUUCGAGGAGAAACAGUCAAAAAAGCCACCUCCAAAUAGAGAGAUGACCAAACCGCCAAUGGAGGAUGUCAUGCCUGAAUUAACACAAGAAGAACUGGAUCACAUUGCUUACUUACAAAAACUGGCAGAUGAAUCAAUCGACAAGGGGCCUCCGUUGACAGGUUCUCAUUACACUGCUCUAACUGAUUCAAAACCAAAUUUAGAAGAGGAGCCGGAACAUACUCAACGUACACAAAGACCACGUGCUCCCUCUUUGAGUAGAUCACACCAAGAACAGAGUUUGAAGGAAGCUGACAGAAGAGAGACUGGCGAGCCAUUAGAGACGAGCACCUCAGCCAAAACGCUGGCACAAGCUGAGCUCGAUUACAUCGCUUUUGUGCAGCGUACGACAGACAGAGCUGAAUCAGACUUUGCUGCCUCAAAGGAACCUCCAGAAAGCAUUAAUGUUCUUUCUAAAUCCACUGGAGAAUCCGCGGAAGAAGAUGAGUCCGCUCAGGAAGAACUUAGCGAACAAGAGGGAACGGAGGCAACCUCUGGAGCCGACCAACCAUCACUAUCCGAUGUCUCAUCGCUAGAGGAAGACGAGAUCCCAGUCAAACAUCCCAAGGAUGACGUGGCAGGAACUCAAGUUGAUAGUCAGCUCACACAAGAAGAGCUCGACCAUAUUGCUAACAUACAAAAAUUAGCGGAACAGAUGUCAUUCGAGGAAAAACAGAAGAAAAGACCAUCCGGACCAUCCGCCACAGAUGAGGUUAUGAGCAAAGCGCCAAAGGAGGAUCUGACCAACAAUGGACUUACACAAGAGGAGCUGGAUCACAUUGCUUAUAUACAGAAGUUGGCAGAAGAGUCCCUCAAGAAAGCGCCUCCGAUAAGAGAUAGUUUGCACUACCAAAUCGACGUCACUGAUCCAAAACCCAAUAUGGAUGAGGAGUUGGAACACGCUCCAUACACACCAAGACCACGAGCUGCUUCCUUGAGUAGGUCGCAUCAAGAACAGAAUUUGAAGGAAGUUGAUGAAGGAGUGGUGGUGGUACCAUCAGAGAGGGGCACCUCAGCCGAAAUAUUGACACAAGCUGAGCUCGAUCAUAUCGCGUUUGUACAGCGUAUGGCAGACCAAGCUGAAUCAAUGAUGACUCUGGAAAAAGCUCCAGAAGGCACUGACGCUAUUGUGAAAUCCAGUACAAAAUCUAUGGAAGAAGAUGAGACUGGUCAUGAAUUGUUUAGUGAACAGGAGCAAUCGGAGUCAACUUCUGGAGCUGACCAACCGUCAGAGCUUUCUUCACUCGAAGGCAAUGUGUCCUAUGAUGCCUUACCCGUGAUAAAUCGUGACGGACUUCCUUUCUCGCAAAGGUCAGAUGAUGUGACCAGAACUGGAGACAUCACAACUGUCCAGACCACGGAGGACGUGCAAAUAAAUGAGUUACCUACAGAACCACAAGGAACUUCCAAGCUUACCCAGGAAGAGUUAGAUCAUAUCGCCUAUGUUUUGCGCAGGGCAGAAGAGUCUUCGUCUGGACGUCUAAGUUCCGCAGAUGUAAGAUCACAAACAGCGGCUUUGGAGACAAGAAUUUCCAACACUGGUGGAAUCGCUCAAGCACAACACAGCCUAGAAGAGCAAGAAGAGUCAGAACCGACUUCUGGAGCUGACCAACCCUCGUCAACUAAUAUUUCAUCGCUUGAUGAAGAUGAGCCUCGCAGAGUAUCACCUCCUCCUACGGGUCACGAACAAGAACAUCUAGAAGUAGGAGAAAAUUACGGUGAAGAAGAAACUCUAGAAAAAAGUUCUGAGCCCAAACAGAAAGACGUCGAUCGACUGCCUAUGGUAGUUACGGCUGAACGAACCAUAGCCGCUACCGAAGAGACGAACAUAGAUUUGAAAGCACAAACUUCAGAAGAAGUUACCGUAUCUUUGCCAAUGACACAACAAGAGCCUCAGAUGGAAGCGACCAAGAUUGUCGCCGAGGUAAUCACAGCUAAAGAAUCGCUGUCCAAGGAAGCUGGACUUGAGACCGAAAUCAACAAACCGAGCAUGGGUGCAAAAUCAGAACAAACUUCAACUCCUUUGCCUGUUGCCGAACCCAGUCUGACAGGUGGACGCAGCGAAGACGUCAUUCCGCCGCCACCAACGGAACAACCAUAUGCUGAACACCUUUUCAAGGAUGAGCACAGAUUUGCAUAUCAAGAGCAACCUCAUGAGGAAGUUACGUCUGAAGAGGCGAUCUCGCAUAGCCCCACACUAGAUGCAUAUGAAAUCGACGCAUUACGUGUUAUCGAACGUUAUCGCAAUGCUACCCUUGGCGCAAGUUCUCAUGAAGAUGGUGAAGUUCCGCAACGUGAUGCUUCAACUGUGGAACAUGAAACUUCUGAAAAUGUUACUGGUGCACCUCCUCCACUGCCAAAAGCGCUUACCAGAGCAGAGCAGCUAUCAUCGCUGAGGUCGUUAAGCUUUACUUCCACCAUCAAAAAAGGAUCAAAGAGCACAAGCAACUUUGAGACUUUCAGUAGAAGCACUUCAGUCAAUUACACUUCCAAUAUGCGGGUGAGAAGUGUAGGUUCUUCAAGACAAACUUCGCCGAUGUACCCACAACGGACUUCUGCUACUGAGGAAAGUCGUAGUGAAACAGCCGACAGCCAUUCACGUGGUGGUUCUGGUUCUGUCGUGCAUGUGAUUUACACUGAUCAUUCUCUACGAGAAUCACAAUCAUCGCAUCAGGGUGAGAUCUCGGAACCAGAAGAUGAUGUACUGUUCACCGAUCCGUUCGAGACUGUUGAUAAAGACGAAACGAAGGUUUUGCCAGAUAUAGGAGUGACUGUCGACGAUGCCGAAGAGGAGAAAGCAGUCCGUCGUUCCUUCAGCGAGAUCGUCCAAGAUGGCGUAGCCGCGCUGACUCGUGAGCAGCUUCGCUCGUCUCGAAGUUCGAGCUGCGUUCCGAAUGUGUGCUUACAAAGCCACGCCCAUCUGAAUGCGUACGAGCUGUGCGAAAGACACAGCUUUACAGACAGCAGAGAUUUAUUAUGUAAUGUCGAUUUUCUGUGUCGACUGAAUUUCGCAGCCAAUCGCUUGACGGAGGACAUAGCGGACGAAGCUGGAAGAGAACUGCGAAUACACUACAGGGCUCAGGCGAACCCGCGCGCUCGCUACUUUGCCGGUACAGCUCUAUCGCGUCAAUCGACCUACUCGAGCAUGGAUGAUGAGCAGGCAACAAGGAAGACCAGCACACGGGAUCGAUCUCGGCCUUCGAUACCACAGGUCGCUCUUACUGGAGGGUCUACCCCAGAGAGCAGAUCAAGAAAAGUGUCCGAGGAGAGAAGCAGCAGUGGUAUACUCAAUCUGCUUCGAAGAUCAUCUGGUGCCGAUUCUCGUGCCUCCAAUGAAAGCCCGAUAAGACUGCCCGACCAAGCGUUGGAAGGUCUGUCGCAGACGGAACUCGAACAUGUGAUGGCAGUACUGAACAAAUCGAACAGAUACUCAUCGCCCAACAUGUCGAGAAGGAGCUCUUCGGCGCUGCAGGUGUUACCAGAUAUGGAGAAUUUGUCACAAACAGAACGUCAACACAUCCAAAAUGUGCUCGAAAAGGCUGAGCAACGGACUCCCUAUGUUAUCAGGAGGUCGAUACCUCACCAGAUGUCAGGAAGAACAGACUCGUCGGAGCGCAUGUCUCUAGCCCCGUCUCGAGACGAAGACUUUGACCAACAAAUCCGCUCCAUCGACGAUGCUAUUCGUCGUGUCGAAAAACGCAAGAAAUCCGAAGAGGACAGGGCUGUGCAGGACCCAACAAAGCCUCUCGAACUUGAGGACCUUAGCACUGAGAUUGACUUGACGUCAGUGACCGCAAGGGAAAUCAGAGCAGCUAGAGAUGACCUUCGUGGGUCGGACCAGCAAAGACCCCCUCCAGUAACGCAGCAGACCAAAGAGAGUCAGGUGAAGAGAAAGCAGUCUCCAUCUCAAGCUUUUGGCUCUUCCCUUGGAGGAUUCAAAUCCCUGUUCGGUAAAGCAACACAGGCGGUAAUGACUGCGAAGGAAGCAAUUUCUACCGAUGCUGAGAAGCGACCAGCUGAAGUACCUAAACCAAGUUCAAGCCAACCUUCACUGCCUCAGCAAGGUGAAUUGACGGCAGAAGAACUGGAACACAUUCGUAAAAUUGCGAUCCUGGCUGAGCAGGAUAUGGACGUUCCUCGACCCAGUCGUGCAGUGACUUCGACAGAAAUCGAAGAGAAGAAGGCUGCUGCUGCUCCUAGACAGGAGAGCCAAAUCAGCUCUACAGCAGUUUCGGCCAAGGAUGCUCGAUCAGAGCCUGCAACAUCACCGCGAUCAACUUUAGCAUCUGCUUCGACAGAGCUGACGCAGGAAGAGCUCGAUCACAUCAACCGUGUAACACAAAUGGCUAUGAGUGAGGAAGCCUUUGUUGGUGCUAAGGUUCCCGAGCCGCAAAUCGCAGCAUCUGCUUCCAAGGAAAGGCCUUCGUCGGUCUCAUCUGCCUUUGGAGGUCUCGCUGGCUUUGGUGCCAAGACUUUGAAGAAUGUGAUGAGUAAAACAGAGGAAGCCAAGAAGACUCUUGGUGAAGUCACCAACAAGAUUGGUGAGGUGUCUGGGGCCUCUGGUCAGCGGCAGAGCUUACCUAGUCAGCAAGACCUAACUCAAGAAGAGAUUGAUCAUAUAAAUCGCAUAAAUCAGCUUGCAACGGGAGAAGGUGGUGCACCUCAGCGAACCCCUAUAGAACCCCUGCGACCCAGUGCUGUUCCUGCGUCAGGUGAACUUACCCAAGAAGAACUUGAUCAUAUAAAUCGCAUAAACCAGCUUGCUAUGGGAGAAGAAAGCAAUUUAACUCAAAAGGUCUCUGCAGGAGCCGGUGCUGCUUCUGUAUCAGGCGAACUCACUCAAGAAGAACUUGAUCACAUUGCCAGAAUUACUCAGAUGGCUGCAGAAGGUGAUGCUUUCGCUCCGCCGGGGUACGGCCUACAAGCAGGCCCCGAAUCAAGUAGAAAACCAAGCGCAGAUGCAGGUUAUGGCAAAGAAUCUGACAAGAAAUCAGCAAUACCCUCAUUCGGUAUCUUGUCUGGGUUUGGCACAAAAUCAUUGAAAAAUGUAAUGGAGAAAGCUGGAGAGGCAAAGCAUGCUUUGGAGACCUUGUCUUCGAAUGUUGCGACUAUACCAGAAAAACCUAAGCCUGACGAGAAUACGCCAGAAAUCACCAAAGAAGUUACUCAAUCCAGAAGAGAAUCUGAGGAGUCGCACGUUAUGGAAACGGGCACUGAUUCGGUGCAUGAUGAUAAAUACGAGAUAAGUCAAGAAGAGCUAGACCAUAUCAACCGCAUCAACCAGCUGGCUAUGCAGGAAGAAGCUGGAAUGGGUUUCCAUCCACUGGGUGGUGGAGCUCACUCUGGUUUGGAUACGGCUGUAAGUCAAGAAUCAGUCACCAAAAUUUCUACUCCGGAGCCAGCUGAAGAGCCUAAACCACAACCCCAGGCAGGCACAACUCUCUUCGGAGUGAAGUCAUUUACUGGAUUCGGUUUGAAGACCAUCAAAGGUGCAAUGCAAAAAGCAGAACAGGCCAAGAGCGCCAUAGAAGAUUUGACCACUGUCAAAAGUCCGAAAGCACCUCAGGAGUUCGGUCCGACUCCUGCACCUCCAACCGGCACCAUCGGAGAAGUAUCCGAUGAAGGAGGUCUUACACAAGCUGAAUUGGAUCACAUUAGAAAAGUAGCCGAAAUGGCAGCGGAGGAGGAAGUAUUCAUGAAACCCCCAUCUACGGUGGCACCAGCUGGACUCACUCAGGAAGAACUUGAUCAUAUCAAACAAAUCGAGGCUAUGGCCGUAGGAGAAAUAGUAAUUCCAGUUCCACCUGGGCCUGCAGAACACGGCGGAUUAACUCAAGAGGAGCUUGACCAUAUCAAGCGAAUAACGGAAAUGGCCCACCAGGAAAGCGAAGCUUUGGCCCCCUUCAGAGUAAGUUCUCCUGCUCCUAGCGCUACAGAACUUACACAAGAAGAGUUGGAUCACAUAGCUUAUAUCAGUCAACUGGCUCAACAGGAUAUUCAACCGCCCAUGCCAAAAAAAGAAACGAACAUGUCACUUCCAGACGAGGCUCCAAAACGUAUCGCUCCAUCGCCUGCACCAUCACUUCCACAGCCGGCAUCGUUCGCUGGUUUUGGGUUGAAGACUUUCAAAGAUGCCAUGCAUAAAACAGAAGCAAUAAAGAAUGCACUGGGUGACGUGAGUGCUGGUAUACGAGGAGACGCAGCAAAGGAUAAAAUGCAACCAGUCGUAGAAGCUAAGCCCAUCUCCGAACCAGCAUCAAAUCAGCUCACACAGGAAGAACUAGAUCAUAUCAACCGUAUUACCGAGCUGACACUGCAAGAAGAAACGGAGCUUACUCUGGUAGAGCAUCCUGCUCUGAAGGAGCUAUCUCCUGAAAAGAUUGCAGACGCCUUCCCAGCAGAUGAAGUAGAUGACUUUUUACAAGAACGAGAACCUGACUCUGGAGAGCUUCAGGAGCAGAUUUCACCCACAAGCAGUCGCGGAUCAUUCCAACGUCGUCAGCUCACAAGUACGAAAUCUGGAGAGUUUGACAUUAAGUCAAUUCCUGAGAUGGUGAGCACCCCGAGUCUCGGGAAAUGGUAUGAGGAACAAUUAUCAUUCCUGCGAGAAUCCAUAGCAGACGAAGAAAAUGAGGAUGCACUUGGGGAUGUAGUAGAUCACGGAAUGGAAGACCAACGCUUGCCAGAAGCUCAAGAGGGUGUGAACGAGCACGUCGAAACAAUUAAGUAUCCAUACUUCGUGUCUGAAGCCGAAGAACUCAAGCCGAAGAUGUCAGCGUCAUCUGAACUCCUCUCCAGUGAUAUCACAGCUAUCGAAGAGAUGUCUUCUGUCGUCAACGAUCAUUAUCUUGAUGAGGAUAUUGCAUCUAUUGAAAAUGCUGAGCCAUCGAUCGUUGCUGUGACGAGGGGCAGGACUCAGGAGGCUGGCAUCGAUCGCACGUCUUCUGGUGGCAUGCUGGACUCCAGCCAGGGAGGCCGCUUUCGCCUCUCCGGCCUCGGAAAGUUCGCCUCUGGUGCCCUCGGCAAGGCAAAACAAGCUGCCGCCGAAAUCGCCCAAAAUGUGCCUUCAACAAGCAAAUUUACGGCUCCAACUACACAAGUUGUAUCGGGUCUGGAGGAGCUGUCGGAAGAAGAGAGGCUGAAGAUCCAAGCAGUGAUGGCAUGUGCUGAACUGGAUGCCGCAGCCGGCAUCGUGUCCUCGCAAGCCACCACACCUCUUUCCGUCGGCGUCGCUCCCGCAGCAGCAGCUGUUCAAAAAACGACUACUGUAGUUAGGGGACCAGCACAGGACACACAAGUAAAGCACGAUAGGGAACCUUCAGCAUCAGCAGAACCAUCACGACCGACUUCAUCAAUGUCCGCCCGAAGUGAUGUCUCUCUACCGCCAAUGGAAGGACUUUCGGACGAAGAAAGGGCGCACAUCGAGGCCGUGAUGGCAAUGGCGGAACGCGAUCAAGCCGCUUCUGUGCCACCUCCACCGGAACCACCACGAGCAAGGGAGCCGGAAGUAAUACCACCUGGGCUUGAGGGUCUUUCUGAAGAGGAGCGGCGGCAGAUUCUAGCUGUGAUGGCAGCAGCUGACGCUGAAUCCUUAGCUCCUCCAGCACCGCAGAUCCGUCGGAGCGGAAGUGAAAUGGCUGUGAAACCAUCGACAUCCACGAGUUCCAUACGAGAUGUGAUGCCAGAACGAUCUAGAAGCGCCAUGGAUAGGCCUGCACAGCCAGCAGUCAGUGAACCUGAAAUUCCUGGUUUGGAAGGACUAUCUGCAGAAGAACGAGAGCAAAUUUUGGCUGUUAUGGAAUCCGCUAGAAGGGCAGAGGAAGAAAUCGCUAUGCCACUACCCCCUCCAAAGCCAGAUACAAGACCAACAACACUGGGUUCCGUUCCACCUCCGCAACCUUCUCCUGCUCCCCUUCCUAUUCCACCUGGAAUGGAGGACUUGACAGCCGAAGAAAGGGAGAAAAUUAUGGCUGUAAUGGCAACAGCUGCGAUGGAUGAGGCAGUGUCCUUACCAGUCACACCUUCGCCGAUGAUCUCACCACAGCCACGACCUGAGCUAGAAUUGCGGAGGGAAAAGAUAAUAACACCACCUGAGCCACCAGUUGAAGAGCGAAUAGAGCGGAUCAUCACACCACCUGAACCUACUGUGAGGGAGGUAAUCAGGGAGGAGAUUAAGGAAGUAAUGAGGGAGGAACCACAACCACUUCAACCAGUCGAAGAGCCUAUUAGCGAUUUUGCUCUAACUGUACGAGAAUUUGAGGAUGUUCAGGAACCUAGUGUUUUGGAAAGAAAGCCAAGCGCUGAAAAGAUUAGCGAAGUCACUCCAUCUCCUUGGGAGCAGGAAACAUCAGAAUAUCCAGUACCUACCACCACAGUCGACACCUUCGGCGCAAUUCAAGAACCUCAACCCUCUACCGUAACCCGAAAGCCGGAAGAACCAACACUACCGUACGAGUCUUCUGUAGACGAGGCUAUAGAAGAAGACAUACCCGGGGUGGAUUUGUCGCACCUGUCGCCAGCGGAACGAGAGCAGAUUCGAGCAGUGAUGCGCAUGGCGCAGAUGGACGAUCCAGGUGCGGCGAGGAGACGGGAAGCUACUGAACCCAUAGAAGUCGCUAAACCAGUGCCUGACGGAAAGUCAGAUGCUGACAAGAUAGCGAAGCAGCAGUCGAUGACUUCUUCAUCCGAGAUCGGAUCACCAACACGAGAAUCCGGCUACGGCACAACUUCCACGUCCUACGAUCGUGAGCUGGGCGAUUUUGCAACGAAGAACGAGAGAAUGUACGACGUGUUGGAGGAUGCCGAUGAGGUGAGAGAUGGCGCUCAUUCAAGGAAUGAUUCGAGAGCCGACGACAGACGAGACGACUUCGACUUCACCUAUUCGGAUGUGCGAUUCUCGGAGAUUAGCGACGAGAACUUCGAUCAGGACAGAUACAAAGUCAGCGUUCACAACGAGUCGGGUGUUGUGGAUGCUGUCGAAAUGAAUGACGAUAUCUAUAACCAAGAAGAAUCAGACUGGGCCAAGGGGAGGACGCGGAUGUGGACAACAGUCUUUGAAGGCGAUGAAUCGGAGCAACCAUCGGAUGAAGUAUUCAAUCGACAAUCACCAGAUCAUGACCAAAACUUGAACCUGAGUCUUGACGAUGACUAUGCGCUCAAGGAAAUAGAGUUUGACACUGGCUUGGGUUCUUCGAAGAGUCUGACUUCCGCAAAGAUGUCAUCAACCCCAUGGACUCCAAUGGGAUUGGCAGCCGAGACGACAACUCCAGCGAAACGACCAACUCCAGAAAUCACUGUGACAGUGCAUGAUGGUGAGCGUGCAGAUAGCGAGGAAGAAGAAAGUGGAAGCGAGGAUGACGAUGAAUACCCGGAUAAGGUUGUUGCUGCCCCGAUUGCUCCUACUCCCACCUAUGAGGAAGUGGAGCAAGAGCGACAGCUUCAGGAGCAAUAUGGCAAGGAGGUCCUGCAGCAGAUUCAGGCGUUCGGUGAAGCGGCCGACGACGAAUUUGAUGUACAAUGGGCAAAGUCGACUUUGCAAAAAAGCAAAAAGGAACCAGAGAGCACCGACGUUUCCAAGAGCACUCCGAAAAUAGAAGAAAUUGGGAGUCUGUCGGAUCAGAAGAAAGAUACCCCACUUGAAAUUUCGAAAGAAGAGGAACGGAAGAAUCCAUUCUUGGAAUCGCCAGAAGAUGAAGAUGUGUCUGUGGACAUGGAAGAAGUAGACGUCAACCGUGCCGCUCAGUUCUAUCAAACGCACUCGCUGUUUAUGCACCGACCCGGUCCCGUCUAUACUAUUCCCGAAGACGUGAACGAGCUCGAUGGGACCAUUGACAAUUCGGAAAGUAGAAUGAUAGCGAGGGAAAAGAAGCGACAGGCAGCUCGAUCUGUUGCGAAUUCAAUUAUUGGGCUAUACGGUGGUCAGACACCCCUUCUACCAUUUUCGGCGAAGCCUUCGACUACGACAACAUCUUCGACGACGGCUGUGGCUACGACUGCUUACACAAUAAUCAGCUUCGAUUCUAGCCUUCUCGGCCAACCACGAUCAGUGACUUCAACGGUAGACAGUCAUGUCUACUCGAGUCAUGCGCAUUCUCCAGUGUCCACAUCGCAACCGUUGCCAUCUACCACCUCAUCGUUCCUCUUCUCCACAGCAAUUUCUCCAGUCUCCACCACCACCUCAUCUUCAUCCUAUACUGUUGCCCCAGCAACUACGACCAUCACCACCAUCUCCGACAUUCCGGCUUCGAUCAGCGCUUCCAUUGAUAAAACCAUGGCUGAUAUUGAAUCCUUGCUUGAUUCCGUUUAUACUUCCGAGCAUUCCAAGCCAAAUCUUCUCUACUACAAUCAGAGGUCGUUCACGCAGCCUGUGGCAGUAACAACUACCAGCAGCACAACGGUAGAGCAAGCGCCGGUCACGACAUCCGCGGCGGUUGUCACGACCGCCGCCAGCGACGCUGGUCCGAUGGUGCUACCGUUGUCACGAGCACUUGGCAGCACUCUGGAGUCUGUCAUAGCGAAUCCAGAAACCGAUGGCGACACUUCGCCCAGAGGGCUGAAGCGUUCGCCCGGCAUGAUGAUCGCGUCAGACGUCUUCAGUGGCGCUAAAAUACAUCAAGUGCAACCUCCAGAACCAACGAAGACUAGCGUUCGUACCACAGAAGUUCCAGCCGUUGAUGCGCUCUCAUCCGAAUUGCCGAAUACGUUUGACGAGCUGAGGUCAUCGUAUAAAUGGUUGCGUGAAAUCUCGGAGGAUGAUGGCAGCUCGGUCGGUCAGGAGAUGGGUCGUCGCAAAUUACCAUCCAUUCCAUCAUACUCCUCCUAUUCAGCCACUCAGUCCUACACAUCGGCGGCACCAGCGCCAUCGACAGUCUACGCGCCGCCACCUAUCAGCAUGCCACCACAGUCCAUGAGCCCGCUGGCCGUUCAGACAGACUCGCUGAAACGAGCCACAGCCAGCGCCCGAGCACAGAUCUCCCCGGCUCCGGUCUACAUCAACGCCAGCGCUCCGAUUCCUUCUACCUCAUCCAGUUACUCUAUAUUCGGUGUCAGCUCUACCUGCACACAAACCGUUCUUCCUCCUGAAAAACUGCCAAAUGGUCAUCUGCCCGAUUAUUCACGUCCUUCUUCUGCUGCUAGUGGUACUUCCCUUGCUCGAUCUAUUGACCCUGCCAUUAUUCCUGGUGCUUCUUUCCAACCUACUGCCAAGCCGAAAACUGCUCUGCGUCAUCCCGUCUCAUUCGCCAAAUCCAAGCCCUCCCAUGCCCCGAAAAUUCCCAAUACCCUCGCCCGUGUGCUGCUCAAGAAAGAACUCAAGGAAGCGCUGUCACGACGUCGAGAAGCGCUCGAAGCUUGCGAGAUUGAAGCCAACCAGCGACAGUACAUCGUCCACAAGAUGUUAGUGACAGGCUUGUUGCCCGAGGCUCGCGAAGACGACACGCCGAAGGUUAUUCCCUGCUUACUUCCGAUGGAGCUGAUCAGCGGUGCACGAGUGAUUCCGAAACCUACCUGCAGUGUGGCAACCCAGAAGUCCGACUUCGACUCUCGCUUCCCAUCCACUUCCACUUCCUCCCAUCUUCAGUACAAACCCCAUCUUACCUCUUCAGUGGCAGUCCAGUCAAGCAUGCCCGUUCCUGCUACACGACUCUACUCCCUUCCCCCUACUUCGCUUCGAGCCCAGCUGGACGCUGAAAGAAAACCACUCUACAGAGACUUCCGCGCGGGAGCAAAGAGUGUCGAGACCCAAACGGAGCAGCCAUUCGCUUCUGUCGACUAUGAAACUAGUAUUCCGAAGACGUCAACUUCAACAGAACAACCAUCCAGCCGUCGCGGACGAACGAAUGCGAAUGUGCAAACAAACGAUCUGCUAGAAGCAACUAAGAAGUACUUUGAGGACUACGAUCGUCAACUGAACGAGCUCACCGAGAAGGCAAAACGAGCACAUCGACGCCAAUUCGAGUUCCACGAUGACGAUCCGCUCAGCCGCGAGACGAGGCGAUUACAGCUGAUGGACGAGUUAGCGCGCAGACGCGAGAGGAUGUUCGCCAAUAUUGAGCUACCUUCUGAGACGAUGCCCUACAGAGCCUACCAUUCGCAACUCGCACUCGACUCUUCCGACUAUUCAUCGCUAGUGCCUCACUACGGAUCUCUUCCUCGCAUCGACUACCCUUCCCGAAGCAGAAGAGAGCCGCUUUCCCGCGAUUUCACUGUGCGAGAGCCGUCCACUUCCUAUGCCUACAACUAUGGCUCAUUGCCGAGGAACUACGAAAGAUGCUUGGGACAUACCUAUCCGAUCCAUGUUGACUACGAACAGUCGUUUGGAGCUCGACCCACUGCUACUGCGUCCAGAUCCAUGCUCGAUUUGCACUCUGACAACAUCAUCGAUCCCAGAUAUCGACAUCCCACCGACAUUCGUUCUUCUUACCUGGACCAAAUGGGUAUAGACCGAGCUGAUCCUCUCGCCUACACCUCCCCUUACAUGUCGGGACGUUCGUACCCAAGCGACACCACAAAUGUGAAUAUUGCUCAACCUCUCGGAUCGCAACAAGAGGACAUGAUUUCGCGGUACGCGAACUACCUGAACAGCCAGUUUCAAAGUGGUUUGCUGAGCCAACAGGAUCCCUCCAGAAAUUUUCUGUCAAUGCCGCCGUCUUCCGCACCUCCGUUCCGAUACGAGCCGCCACCCAGUGAUCCCUACAUGGCUCCUCUGCCAUCGUUGACGUUCUCGGAGCCGGCCGUGCCACCACCACUGACGUACGAGGCGCCGCAGGUGUACAGCAGAAGCGAAAACAACUAUGGUGCACGGCCGCCGAACUACUCGCUCGACUACGGCAACAUGUACCGCCAGCGACUUCUGCGCACUGCUCCUACGGAGAUGCCUGAGGAUCCGUAUGCUCGUCCACUCGCCCCCGGUCAGUACAUGCAACCCGUACCGCAGCAGACACCCGCGUACUACCAGCCGCAGUAUCAACCGCCUUCGAGAUCCAGCUACCCGCCGGCCCUCUCGCACAGUGUCCCCAGUGGAUACAUGGCGAGACCAGCCGCAAGAACUUGGUCCGGUAACAUUGUGCCUUCCGCCUACGACGCCCGGUAUCCGCGCGAGGAUGCGCUGACGAGGAUGUACGCCACCGCCGGAAGACGACGUCAAGCAGACACGAAUAAUCUCAACUAUCGCUACAGUGCCAACAAACCAACUGAUUAUUCAACUCGAGCCAAUGGACUUGCCGAGGACUCCGCUCGAACUCGCACAACCAACUCAGCAACCGCGCAGGAGUUGGCAUCAUCGACCAUUAAGCGAAUUCUGUUGACUAGACGCUAUAAAGAUCAUAAUAUCUAUAAUGAUCUUGGAAUUCGAGUUGUUGGCGGAAAAAGGAUGCCAAGCGGAGAGCUCGGUGCUUUUGUGUCGGCUGUGAACCAGGCAAAGUACAAUCAAAUUCUGGGCGAAGUUAAAGAAGGUGACCAAGUUCUUGAAUGGAAUGGAGUUUUGCUCAAUGGCAAAACGUUUGAAGAAGUGGAAAGAAUCGUAAAUUCAAGUAGCGGAGAAGUCGAAAUCAUCUUGAAGUCAGAAGGAGAAAAAUCCCACCGUAUCUCCAACUUGAGCAGAUAUGCUACCAUAAAUAGAGAGCCAAAUCGUUUCAACAACCUUAUAUCUAUGUCAAAUGGACCGAAAACCUUGCGAAUAAAAGAUGCUUCACCAGAUAGAGCUCCACCAGUUCCAAUGCAUCGUCGUAAUGGUACAAUUGGCAGACAAAAUCCAUCUAGUCGUAUUUACGACAAUGUAGAUUGUGAUUAUGGGGAGGAUGCAUGGCCCAAUAAACCACAGGAUGCUCUCGGCUAUCUGCAAGUGGCCAUCUCUUACGAUCGCCCCACUUCAAGAGUCAUCGUCAGAAUCGUAGCUGCCCGCGGCCUAAAAAUGAGGGACCCUGCCCGACGCUUAGCCCCUAAUCCAUUCGUGAAGAUCUACCUGCUUCCGGGCAGAAAGGUGUCAAAUAAACGUCGCACUCGCUUCGUUCCGUGCUCAACAGAUCCAGAGUGGAACCAAAUAGUUGAAUGGCAAGUAAUGCCUGGAGCAUUGCCCUCGCUCUACUUAGAGUUCUCCGUUUGGGAUUACGAUCGUCUCACUGAAAACAAUGCACUCGGUCAAGUCACCGUCAGCCUUGCGGACCACACUCUUCUAUCUGGCCAGCCAUGUUGGUUGCCACUGCAGCCAACAGAUCCUCGUCCGCUAACGCACCUCUUGAAUGCUCCGCUCGACAGUGAAAGACCGCAUGUCUACAAUUAUAAUCCGGCCUCGCUCGACAUAGGAUAUCCAGCUAUAAACUAGACCACAAGUCAUGGAUCCCAUCCAUCUCGCCUUAGACGCGCUCUGCACAGAUGCGUAUAUAAUCCGCAGCCAAUCUCUUCGUUAAUCACUCACCGGUGCCAGCAAUAAUAAUCAUCUCUUUCGGUUGACAGCCCCAAUAAGCUCAUCCACGGUGUCUAUUUCGUUUAUUUAUUUAUUCAUUUUUGUGAUCGCUGAGCCUCAAUGUUUUCCCCCGUUUUCCCGUUGUGGACCAGCUCCAUUGUGAUCUCAAGCUCUCCAACAUCUCACUUGUCUUAUGAAAAUAGCGGUCUUAGCGCUACACUGCUUAUACGUUGUAGAUAGCUGAUAGCAUAUCGAGAUUAUUUAUUGAUUUCAGA